AUGGCCAAAAUUUCACUUGUUAUUAAUGAUAUUGAUAACGAUACAGCCAAUAGAAGUGUAACGAACUCGUUAAAGGCAUUGAAGAUUCAAAAUCCGGAGAAACUCGGCCAAGUAUACGUUGCUUUAGUUAAUAUCAGCGAUUCGAAGGAAACCGUUGACAGCAUUUGUGCACAAUGGAAGUCCGCUUUAACGGACGGCGAAGAAAAUAUUCCAGAUUUCGUGUUGGACACGACAACUUAUGGAAUUGGCGCUGAAGCUGUAAAUCAUUUCACAGCUGCAUUUGGAAUACCAACUAUUUCCGCUCAAUUUGGGCAGGAAGGCGAUCUGCUGGGUUGGCGAGAGAUUACGGAUGAACAAAAACAGUACCUCGUGCAAGUUAUGAAUCCGACCGACCUGAUGCCCGAAGUCAUUCGCCAGCAAUGUUUGACGUUCAACAUCAGCAACGCGGCCAUCCUCUUCGACGACAAUUUCAUAAUGGAUCACAAGUACAAGAGUCUCCUCUUAAACGUACCCACCCGACAUGUUAUCGUCCAUACGAAGGAGCCCGGCGCUCCUCUUCAGCGUCAGAUCUCCAUGCUGCGCGAUCUCGACAUCGUCAAUUUCUUUGUGCUUGGCAGCGAGUCGACCAUUUCCGCGGCUCUGCAGGCCGCCAACGACUUAAACUUCACCGGGCACAAGUACGGCUGGUUCGCCAUUACACUAAGCGAGGAUUUCACCGUCCAUUGCGCCGACUGCAGAAACGUCUCGGUUAUGCUAUUCAAGCCCCAGAUUUCACAGAACCAGCAGCAACUGAACGAGCUGACAAGCAAAGGUUCCUUACCAAAACCCUUGAUCACCUCGGCCUUCUACUACGACCUCACCAAGGCCGGCGUCCUCGCGAUGAAAUCGGCCCUCGACGCCGGCGAGUGGAAGCGGCCUCGUUACGCGGACUGCGACACCUACAACGAGAACACGAGUGUCGCCAUGCGAAACGUCAACUUGCACCGAAGGCUGCAGCAGGUGACCGGUGGCAGCGUCUACAUUCCGACCUACGCCGGCUUCAUCUGGGGCAAGAACGGCGAGAGUCGGGCCAAGUUCGAGGCCAAUGCCGUGGUCAUGCAGAUAAGGGACUCGAAACUCAUCAACGAGGAGACGGUGGCCAAAUGGCAGGCGGGCAUUGAUUCGCCCUUAAACGUUAUGGACGAGUUAAGGGCCAGCAACCAUACAGCGGUGACGAGCUAUCGAGUUGUGACGGUGAUAAAGCCGCCAUUCAUUAUGUAUGAUAACACGAGUAACAAAUGGAGCGGCUAUUGCAUCGAUCUGCUGGACGAGAUCCGCGAGCAGAUGAACUUCGAGUACGAGAUACGGGAAGUGGAGGACAAGAUGUACGGAAACAUGGACGAGGACGCGAACUGGAACGGCAUGGUGAAGGAGCUGAAGGAGAAGAAGGCGGACGUUGGCCUUGGGGCUCUAGCGGUGACGGCCGAGCGGGAGAACGUGAUCGACUACACGGUUCCUUAUUACGACCUCGUCGGCAUAUCUAUCCUUCGCAGGAAGCCCAAGACGACGACCUCGCUAUUCAAGUUCCUCACGGUCCUCGAGACCGACGUCUGGCUCUGCAUCCUCGGCGCCUACUUUUUCACCAGCCUCCUCAUGUGGGUCUUCGACAAGUUCUCGCCCUACAGCUACCAGAACAAUCGCGAGAAGUACAAGGACGACGACGAGAAGCGCGAGUUCACCCUCAAGGAGUGCCUCUGGUUCUGCAUGACCUCCCUUACGCCCCAGGGGGGCGGCGAGGCCCCCAAGAAUCUCUCCGGCCGAUUGGUCGCCGCCACCUGGUGGCUCUUCGGCUUCAUCAUCAUAGCCUCGUACACUGCCAAUCUCGCCGCCUUUCUUACGGUCUCGAGGCUCGAUGCCCCCGUUGAGUCACUCGAGGAUCUCAGCAAACAGUACAAGAUCCAGUACGCGCCCAUUAUCAACUCCUCCGAAUACAACUACUUCGACAGGAUGGCCAACAUCGAGAAGAAAUUUUACGAGAUAUGGAAGGACAUGAGCCUGAACGAUAGCCUGUCGGACGUCGAGCGAGCGAAACUGGCGGUAUGGGACUACCCGGUAAGCGAUAAAUACACCAAGAUAUUUCAAACGAUGCAGGACACCGGCUUCCCCAAGGACAUGGACGAGGCACUGGCUAGGGUGCGGAAAGAAGGCCCGACCGAGUUCGCCUUCAUCGGCGAUGCUUCCGACAUCAAAUACCUUGCCAUGACGAACUGCGAAUUUAUGCAGGUUGGCGAAGAAUUUUCCAGGAAACCCUAUGCAAUUGCCGUGCAACAAGGCUCUCCACUUAAAGACCAAUUUAACAACGCAAUUUUGAUAAUGCUGAACAAACGAAAAUUAGAAAAGUUAAAAAACAAAUGGUGGAAUAAGAAUCCCGAAAGGAAGAAAUGCGAGAAAACCGAUGAUCAGAGCGACGGCAUCAGCAUACAAAAUAUCGGCGGAGUUUUCAUUGUGAUUUUUGUAGGCAUUGGCUUGGCCUGCAUUACGCUCAUAUUUGAAUAUUAUUAUUAUCGCUAUCGACCACGUGGAAAGCAAGCUCAGCGCGCUCGAAACUCCAAAGUAAAGUUGGACCAAAACCUGAAGUCAAUCAAGUUCAAAUUUCGUCCUGCCCCGGCUCAACCACUUGAUUCAAUUAACUAUAAGUCGAGAUUUUGAUGUCACUGAUGAACAAUUCAAGCGAAUCAAAAUAUUUCGAGCUGUGCUCUUUUUAUUUUCGAGUGGCAAAUUCAUACGCAAAUACACGCGCGCGCUCACGCACCUACGUAUAUGUUGUGCACAUGUGGAUCCACGAUAUGUGUACGUAAUCUAUAAGCGG